GCAAUCAACAAAAGAAGGAUAGCUUUUGGAAGAAAGUUCUAAACCACUUUAACGAAACGGUCGGCGGAAGUAAUCGAACCCACCACCAAGUUCGAUCAAAAUGGGUGACGAUGCAAACAAAAAUUAACACAUUCAACGGUCUAUAUCAUCAAGCGGAUCGUUUACGUCCUAGCGGGAGUGACGACGCAUAUGUAAUGAAACAAGCGUUAAAGGAUUACAAAAGCAAAGAAAAUAUUGAGUUCGCUCAUGUUGCGGCUUGGGAGGUUGUUAGAACAAGUCAAAAGUGGUCGCCGGUACCUUUGUUGAAUGAAGAAAGCUCCGGUUCGGGUCUAAAAAGAAAGUCUUCGGAUUCGGGAAAUUAUGCCCGAGGAUCACCGAAUGUCGAAAUCUCAAGCGGAUUCACUAUUCCCGACAUAAACGAGGAUCCUUCACCACCACCACCAAGACGACAAACGAGAAAGGAGAAAAAGGACAAAGGGCCGUCUUCAAAAAACGAAGAUCCAAGAGAUAUAACAAGCAAAUUCGAAGAGUACAAGGCCAUGAAAAAAGAGAUAAUGGAAAUUAAACGUGUACGAGAAGAAAAAUAUUUGACCUUGGCCGAUGAGCAACGAGAGGCGUUGCGACAAACAAUGUACGAGAAGGACUUUGAGUGGUAUAAUCGGCCUACCGACGACCUUAACCCGAAGAUGUUGGAAGUCGCACUCGCUAGAAAACGUGAGAUCGCAAAAAAAUAUGGAUGGCCUUGUGAUUUUUAGUUUUUUUUUAAGUUA